AUGGCUUUUCUUCCUAUUGCCAUCCCCACUCUCAUCCUACUGCUUCUCAUUUCCCUUCCAACCGCCACCCUUUCGCAAGAUCCCAGCUCCUCCGGCCCCUCCAUAGCCCAAUGUGCGCCGAGCCUGCUUCCGCUUGCCCCGUGCGCACCAUUCGUACAGGGAACAGCUCAGUCGCCGUCACAGCCGUGCUGCAGCAACCUCAAGCAACUCUAUACCCAGGAGCCACACUGCCUUUGCCUCUUGCUCAAUGACACCACCUUCAACUCUUUCCCUAUUAACAACACACUGGCUCUGCAGCUGCCUCUUCUUUGCAGCCUCCAAGUUAACAUCUCCCCUUGUUCAGGAAUAAAUCUGCCUUCUAAUACUUCCUUUGGGACAAACACCAACUCUACUGUCGGGACAAACACCAACACGACUGUUGCUGCUUCUCCAACGGUUCAAGUGCAACCAAGAACCAACAUCAUGGGAUCAGGCAUCGGCAGAAGCACCAGCACCAAAUUGAGGGGAGAAGGUGGCUACGCACGAGCGACAACUCUGGCAGCUUUUCUAUUGACAAUAUUACUGUAUUAA